AUGCAGCGGUACCGUGCGGCAUUGGCGUUGCUGGCGCUAGUUGCCGUUUCCGUCCGGCCAACAGUGGCUGACGAUCUUAGCCUGGACGAUCUGAUCAAUUCCGUAUUCACGACAGCCUCACCGGGUAAGGAUGCACCACCGCCAACAACCGGCCCACCGCCACCACCGACUCCAGCAAUUGGCGUAAAGGGUGGACCGUGUGGCAAUGAAGCUGUCUGCAUCCAGAAGUAUCUCUGCUCCAACAGCAGUACGUCCGGCGAAGGACUGAUCGAUAUUCGCUUCUCGGAUGACAACCCGUGCGUCGACUAUCUGCUGCAGUGCUGUUUCGACGAGGACAUCAUUCAACCACCACCGCCGGUACCACCGGGUCCGGGCCCAGUGCCGAAUCCGAACCCAAAUCCUGGACAGAACCCUGGUCAGAAUCCUGGUCCGAAUCCUGGCCCGGUCGCUGCCGCACGAUGCGGACGCCGCAACGAGGAUGGUGUUGGGUUCCGUAUCACCGGCUCGAAGAACAACGAGGCCGAGUACGGUGAGUUCCCGUGGAUGGUGGCGAUCUUGAAGACGGAGGAGGUACUUGGCCAGCUGCGCGAGAACGUGUAUACGUGCGGCGGGUCGCUUAUUCACAAACAGGUUGUGCUGACCGGUGCCCACUGCGUCCAGAACAAGCAACCGUCCCAGCUGAAGGUACGUGCCGGCGAAUGGGAUACGCAGACGAAGAACGAAAUCUAUCCCCACCAGGACCGCUCGGUGGUCGAAAUCGUCGUCCAUCCGGACUACUACAAGGGUGGACUGCAUAACGAUGUCGCGCUCCUGUUCCUCGACUCACCGGUCGAGCCAAACGAGAGCAUUCAGACGGUGUGCCUGCCACCGCAGGACAUGGCGUUCAACCAUGAAACCUGCUUCGCCAGCGGUUGGGGUAAGGACGUGUUUGGCAAGGCGGGCACCUACCAGGUGAUACUGAAGAAGAUCGAUCUGCCGGUGGUACCGAACGACCAGUGUCAGACGGCAUUGCGCACUACCAGACUCGGGGCCAAAUUCAAUUUGCACAAGAGCUUCAUCUGUGCCGGCGGUGUGCCCGGUAAGGAUACGUGCAAGGGUGACGGUGGGUCACCGCUCGUUUGUCCCAUUCCCAACAAACCGCACCACUUCUACCAGACUGGACUGGUCGCGUGGGGUAUCGGGUGCGGUGAGAACGGCAUCCCGGGCGUUUACGCCAACGUGGCCAAGUUCCGUGGCUGGAUCGAUCAAAACAUGGUCCAGCGUAACUUCGGUACCGACAGCUACACUCCCUAG